AUGGGUCUCUCGGGCUGGUGGGUUUCGCUGGCGUUGCUGCUAGCGGCAACGCCGUACACGCUGCGAUCCUCAGAAGCGCAAGAUGAAGAGAGCUUCACACGAAACUACGAGGAGGAUAUGAAUGAGAUCCUGAAGGUGGCCGUGCAAAAGUUCCUGCCUCUCAUUUCGGAUGUGAUCACAAGACCCGAGGUGUCGGGAGAUUGCUCUUCCGCCCUGCUCAAGACGUUUCGUGGAUUGCAGCAGCGAAAGGCAUGGGCACUCCGCAUGGCCAUGUCCAACGCGUUAUUCGCGCCAAAUGCUCUGGAAGGAACGUACGUCAACAUGGGCGGCUACGAGCAGUGCCUGAGAGCGAGGGUGCGCUCUUCCAGCGGGGAGCUGUACUUCAAGGGCCAGUACUGCUCUCUCUUCUUCGCACUGCCGAAGGACUACUACACCAAAAUAAUCGAGAGUUUCCACGAGAUUGGUGAACUCCAGGGACGCCUCAACCCGCUCGCUGCAACGUCAGCUGAGCGUUACCAAAACGUCGAUAUCAGGGGAGCCAUUUGCAUACCAUCUCUCUGCUCGUCAGAAGACAUAAAUUUUGUGUUGAGAUCCGUGCUCUAUUUGUACGGAGCCAAUGCCACUGCGGCGAGUUGCCGAACAGACGAUCCGAAGGAAAUCUCGUCUCUUCAAGCGGUUUCAAUCGCAGUCCUUUCCACUCUAUUCAUCCUUGUUGUGAUCGCCACUCUACUCGAGUGGAUUCUUGAGCGUCACUGUCCCUCAGAGAGCAGAACUCACGGCAUUCCUAUGCAGAUAUUGCUUUACUUCUCGGCCAUCACCAAUACGCGGUUUCUGCUGAACACGGACAUUAAGCCAGAAAAUGAACCUCUUCGAUUCAUUUCCGGUUUCAAGGUCAUUAUGGCAUUUUGGGUGGUCUAUGGCCACGCGCAUAUUUUGGUGCAGACAGGAUUUUUCCAUGCUUUGUACCGUUGGGCGGACAUCAGUGAAGACGUUUCGUUCCAGUUUAUUCCAAAUGCCUUUCUAAGUGUGACCAGCUUCUUUUUUAUGAGUGGCUUCGUCGUCUCGUACAUCGCAACUAAGUCACGAGAACAGAUACUGAGAAACAACAUGCUUCUUGUUUACAUUGGUCGAGUGGUUCGUCGCUACAUACGCAUAACGGUUCCCGCAGCCAUUCUCAUUUUCGCGGCCUUCAUCCUGCCUCUUCUGGGAUCCGGCCCCGCCGACGAGGACACCUACAUGCAGAUGAUCAACGGCUGCAUCAGGAACUGGUGGACCGUUCUAGUGCACACCAACAACUUCAACCCGGACGGAGAAAUAUGUUUGCAGCAUUUAUGGUACGUGAGCGCAGAUCUUCAGAUCUUUGUGUUCAUCGCCUUCCCUCUGGGGUUAAUGCUCCUGAAGUUCCCCAAGUCGGCAUGCUUCGCUGCAGUGGUCGUGGCGAUAGCGUUCAACGGCCUAAUAAGUUUCCAAGUUUACUCGCACAACUUGUUCUACGCUUUCACUUCAGGAACUAAUGACGUGGCAAAGCUGGCGCGGACGAUGAAGUACACGUACCUGCGGCCUUUCUCACACGUCAGCUCGUACCUCACCGGAAUCUUGUGCGGCUACGUCUCCGUCCAGCAUAAGAACGUGUCAGUUCGUCCGAUAUUGCAAGCCGCUUUCUGGGUCACGUCGUUUGGUCUGGCUUGCUUUGUCAUGUUUGUGACUUAUGACUGGAACAAGGGACAUCUACCAGGCGUCGUCACGAGCGCGCUUUAUGGCGGAUUCCAUCGAAACCUCUGGUCGCUCGUGUAUUUUUGGCCCUUUUACGCAUGCGCAACUGGACGUGGAGGACUGUUCAACAAGUUCUUCGGAUGGGCGUUCUUCUUUCCAUUUUCACGUCUGACGUUUUCCAUCUACCUGGUGCAUUUCCUUCUGUUUCUACUCAGACAGAUGCGCUUAAGGACGUACCUUAACGCGGACGAAUAUUUUCAGUUUAUUACAAUUCUUGGAGUAUUCUCUUUGAGUCUAUUUUUUGCCUACCUGCUCUACCUCACCGUGGAGGCCCCCCUGCUCCGUCUUGAGAAAUUGAUCUUCGAACGGCCAUCCAACCUAAAGUCAGAAACAAACGGCAAGCUCGUCCUUGAAGUGAGAUCGGAAAAGUCGCAACUGUGA